AUGGUAAUAAAGUUCACAUCUAACGUCGUCAGCCCACCGGCUCUUCUGUAUAUGGGUGUAGAUAAGUACGAGAACGAGGAGCUUAUAAAGUAUGGAUGGCCAGAAGAUGUAUGGUUUCACGUUGACAAGGUUUCUUCAGCUCACGUUUAUUUACGGUUACCAAAGGGUAUGACUAUCGACACGAUACCGCAGGCAUUGAUUGACGAUUGUUGCCAACUUGUGAAAGCUAAUUCCAUAGAAGGAAACAAGAUGCAUGAUGUUGGUAUUGUAUACACAAUGUGGGAGAAUUUGAAGAAAACUGGUGAUAUGGCGGUGGGCCAGAUCGGAUUCCAUGACCACAAGAAAGUGAAGCGAUGUGUAGUAGCGAAACGGAUCAACGAAAUCGUCAAUCGGCUCAAUAAGACCGAAGUAAAGGAGGAUAUUGACUACAGGCCGGCGUUCAAUUCUGAUAAUUUGAUCACUAUGAGGGAUACUACCUAG